GCCCACUGAACAAGCAUGUCAACAAGGAUGACAGCAGCACCACCGCCGCUCGCAUUUGGGACGUUCAAGUUGCGUGGGGAUGAGCUUCGCCAAGCCCUCCACACUGCACUUGCUGUCGGGUACAGGCACAUUGACACGGCGACGUGCUACAGAAACGAGGAGGUGGUGGGAGAGGUGUUGCAAGACGAGAUUGGGAGUGGCCGAUUGACAAGGGAGGACGUGUUUAUCACCUCAAAACUUGCACCCAAAGAGCAGGGCUACGAGCAAGCGAGGGCCGCUGUUCUUGGCUCCUUGGAGCGGUUGCAGCUCGAGUACAUUGACUUGUACUUGAUUCACUGGCCCGGCGUCGCGGGGUUGAGACGAGAAGAUCCGGGCAACCAGGAGCCCCGGCGGCACAGCUGGCGGGCGUUGGAGGAGCUACAGGGAGAGGGCAAGGUGCGGCACAUCGGGGUAUCGAAUUACACGGUGCGGCAUCUGCAGGAGCUGCUGCAGCGCUGCCACGUGCCACCGUUCCUGAACCAGGUGGAGUGUCAUCCCUUGUGCCAACAGCGAGAGCUUCGUGACUAUUGCCAUCAACACAACAUCCUGCUGGAGUGCGACCCUGCGCGCAUCAAAGCUAACUUCCAGGUACCGCCCACCCUUACGGAAGACGAGUUGGAGCAGCUGGACGCGCUGGACCAGAACCACCACCUCUGCUGGGACCCCACCCUCGUCCCGUAACCACGCGCUUUCACUCUCGAUUCCUCGACAUACACACAUGUCGUGUGUGCGUGUGCGUGACUUUGAUGCAAGGGUGUAUGCAGUGUAGUCGAUUUACUCAGCAAUGUAAUUGGCAUCAUGAACGAAUAAGAUGCACAAGCAAGUUGACCAGAGUACAAACAGUCAGUGUC